AUAAUAUAAUUAUAAAUUUUCCAGUUACCUAUGAUUGGAAACCGAGAGGAGGAUGUACCAAGAUUUCUUCAGAAGUCAUUAGAUAAGUUGCGGCUGAAAUAUGUUGAUCUGUACCUGUUUCACUUCCCAUGUGGGCUGAAAGGGAAGGAUGACAAUGACAUUUUCCCGAAGGACAAUGAUGGUAAUAGUGUUCUUGACGUGAAGACCAACCUUGAGGGAGUCUGGAGAGCCAUGGAGGCUCAGGUUGAUGCCGGAAAAGCUAAAGCAAUUGGACUUUCAAACUUCAACAGUCAGCAAAUUGAGAGAAUUGUUAAAGUGGCACGGAUCCAGCCAGCUAAUUUACAAGUGGAGGUUCAUGCAUAUCAUAUGCAGAAAAAUCUGAGAGGUGUAUGUCAGAAGUUUGGAAUUCCUGUUUGUGCUUUUGCACCUCUAGGAGCUCCCUACAAAAAACUGGGAACGACUGACUAUCCACCUCUUCUGGAACAUACAGUUGUGAAGAAAAUUGCAAAGGAUAACAAUAAAACUACUGCGCAAGUUCUUCUCCGCCACUUGGUUCAGCACGGGUUAAUUGUUAUUCCCAAGGCAACUAAACCAGAGCAUGUCGUACAGAAUUUUAAGAUUCUGGAGUUUGAACUGAGUAAAGAAGAGAUGACGUUGAUGGACGGUCUUGACCGAGGUGGUGAUGGCAGGAUGUCUGACUUCCUUUUAUUUUCCGGGGUCGACAAACACCCGGAGUAUCCAUUACACAUUCCAUUUUAGGGAUACAGAAAUGUUUCUGUGUUUACCAUUUUGAGAAUUAUUAUUAUUAUUAUUAUUAUAAUCAAGGGGAAGCGCUAAACCCUGAGGAUUAUACAGCGCCUGGGGGGGGGGAUGUGGAAGGCAUUCAGGCUUAAUUCGGGUAACUGGAGCACAGAUCCAAUUUCCUAAAUCAAGAGCCCCUCACCAACAUCAAGGAACCUUCCUUGAGGGGACCAUUUUGAGAAGAGUUAUAACAUUGUUGAUUAUUAUAAUAAUGUCUGAUUAUAAUUUCUGUUUUUCUUGAUUCUAUAUAAAUAAUAACAAAAGUUUAUAAAUUACUUUGAUGAAACUAGAAGACAAGUUAUUAAUAUUUUUCUCUAAGAUUUGAAGCCUUAAGUCUUGAAAUUUCUCCUUCUUACAACGGGAAGUAUUGGAAACAAGGUACAUGAUCAAAAGGUACAUGAUCACAAGGUACAUGAUCACAAGGUACAUGAUCACAAGGUACAUGAUCACAAGGUACAUGAUCACAAGGUACAUGAUCACAAGGUACAUGAUCACAAGGUACAUGAUCACAAGGUACAUGAUCACAAGGUACAUGAUCACAAGGUACAUGAUCACAAGGUACAUGAUCACAAGGUACAUGAUCACAAGGUACAUGAUCA